UUAACACUGUUUUGGUUACUACAUGAUUCCACAUGUGUUAUUUCAUAGUUUUGAUGUCUUCACUAUUAUUCUACAAUGUUUGAAUAAGUAGGUGUGUCCACAUUUUUGACUGGUACUGUGUAGUUUUUAAUAUUUUUUUUACAAAUAUAUUAAUAAAAAAGAAAAGCUGAAAUGUCUUGAGUCAAUAAGUAUUGAACUAACAAUAAGUAUUGAACUAAGUAUUGAACUAACAUGUCACUCAGGGUGUUGAAUACUUAUGUAAUCAAGAUAUAUGACGUUUUAAUUUUUCAUACAUUUUUUACAAACUUUAGAUUUUAUUUUUUUACUAUGACAUUAGAGUAUGUUGUGUUGAUCAUUGACAAAAAAUGACAAUGAAAUCCAUUUUAAUCCCACCUUGUAACACAACAAAAUGUGUAAAAAGUCAAGGGGUGUGAAUACUUUCUGAAGGCACUGUAGAUCCAUGAUUGCCUUUGGCAGCUAAUUGUAUUCAUAAAAUGUGUAUUGUGUACAUUAAAAUGUGAGUAAGUGAUUUGAUUGGUUCCUCUCUGCAUUCCCUCUCUGAGCUUGGAGCCCACCUCUCUUUCAUCAAAUUUACAUGACCUAUCGCUGUUGACAUCCUUAACGUGUUGCGCUGUGGGCUACGAGGUCUCCCCCACCCGUCCAAUAUAAAUACAGGGAUAGCACUUGCCAAGGCACACAACUUCUGCCCUUUUCCCACUUGAAACAGAUCUCUACCGGCGUUACAGGGAUCUAAUAUCCUCCGUCGCAAUGAAAGUAAGUUGCCUUUUAGGGAGGUACAUUUUGGUCUUUGCGUACUUACGAAUGGAGAUGCGCAUGGCGCACGAAAAUGAUUACCUUCUUGUCAUGUAUUUUGAGCGCAUAUUUGUUUGACAUUGUCCGCUUGUUCAUACGUCAUAACUCUACUUUUACAUGUUUCAGGGGGUGAGGUCUAUUACAGUUUAUGCACUUGCUCUUUUACUUCUGGCAACGCUCGUCUCCCAUUCGUGGAGCGCACCGAAGGGCAGUUUCCAGCGGAGAAAUUGGUCGCCUCAGGCAAUGCUGUACCUCAAGGGCACCCAGGGACGGCGGUUCAUCAGCGAGGACAGAAAAGAAGGAGACGUAUAUGACACAUUACAUUUAGAGACUCGAAGUCAAAACACAGAGAGACUCAGUGUGAACCAGGCAGCCACAGUCCUGCUCAACUUCCUGCGGCAAGCCAAGGAGGACAGUGAGUUGGGUCAUAUUGGAACCUACAGUAAUGGUUAAGGAUACAUCCAAGCUAGCUAGGAAAACCACCUCAAAAGGCGCUCAUUCAGGCAUCGGCUUCCCCCAACUACAUCCAAGCUAUAGGUUUGAAAUGGCCAUAAAGGUAAUUGCACUGUUGACUUUUUUGUUUCAGGAGAAGAAAAUCUUGAACAACUGUACUUUCAAGACUUGCCGGCAUGGAAAAGAGAGUACUUCUGAUGCGUUUCAUAAUGUAUUUAUUAUUGUUGAUAACAUUCUAAUCUAUUGCAUCUGUUGAUCUCUUGUUGGAUGUCGAAUAUUUAAUGCGAUGUGAGAAAAACACUGGACUCUUAAGUACGGCUACACUGAAAAUGUUUGAAUGUAUUAUUUCAUAAAAUGUGGAAUAAAAUGAUUUAGAAUUCAUAGCAACACUUGUCUGAGGGUAUAUCUGAUCAUAGAAGUAAUGUGUUCAGGACUAGGUUUGGCCAUCCCAGGCUAUAGAGCGAGAGACGUCUCAAUGCAAUUCCUGAAAUAUAACUAUUGAUUAAACUAUUCAUGUCUCAUAUCCUAUGGGCGUGAGGGGACUUUUAGCAUCAAAAGAAUAGGCAUUUUCUCUUAGAAAAUAUACAUAGGUAGUAUGUGUAACAGCUACUUGAGAGAGAGCUAAUGUUGUACGUUCU